ACAGCUUUUUGCUGUCAGUUGGGGACGUCAAAAUAAGUCCGUCGUCUGGCAAGUGGGAGAAAAAACGCAAUUUUUUAUUUGAAAAUAAAAGGGUGGUUUUGUAUAGUAUGGCCAAAGAGAAUAGUGGCAAAAACCCAGAUGAACUCCUGUCUGUCCUAGGAAAUAGUGAUGGUGUUGUUAAUGGCACGGCAGAAGAGGAAAAUACCGAAAAUCCAAGUGGUGACAACAAUGGUGUAUCAGCUGAGGUGCCCAGAAAAGAGGAGAAUCCCUUCUCUUUCAAGCAUUUUCUCAAUCGCGACAGUGGAAUCUCAAGUUCAACGAACCGAGCUCCUGGAGGGUCCAAUUCCUUCAAUACCGGUGCACGUCCCAAGGUUCUUCAGUCCAAUAGCACCAAUGAAAUACCCAAAAUGAAGCGAUCUCCCAGAUUUCCAUCCUUUGACUCACAAGCCAGUCUCACAGAAUACACAGACGAUCUGAGAAGCUCAAUCGGCACAACAUCCUCGAAUUUCGGCAAGAGAUCUUAUUCCAACUAUGACAUCGAGAGCCCCAAUUCGCCACGUCCGGAGCGUCGAGGCAAAAGUCCCAUUGUGCCAGCGAGUGUGCCCUCGAGCCGGAGCACCACAUCAAAUGUGGGCGGGCAUCGUUUGGGUAAUUCUGAAUUCUCAGCAGCUCUGCCGGACUUUGUGCAGGAUCACCUCAUCAUUGAGCAACUGUACAAUAAUUCUGCCCUUGGUGGCAAUGGAUCUCCCAAUACAUCACCCCUUUCCGUGGAUUUCGAUAUAAUUCCCGGAUUUGCAGUCAAUGAAGCGGAAUCUCGGCCAGUGGCAGAUUCAAUGGCCUCGGACAUGCCCUUUGACCUCAUGUUCACAUCAGCUCCACGUAGCCGAAGUCCGCUACAUCGCAACAGUCCUACAAUUCCACUGGAUCUGCCUGUGUCCAGUGCAUCUAGCAUCCCGCUGGAUCUAACGGGCAGUCGCUUUGGUCACAAUUCACCACCUCCGGACAUCUCUCUGGAUCUGACUGAACGUCAUGACUUCAGCAGCGUGAACCAACCGCCCGCCGACAUGAUUCAGACGCUGCCGGACUUUCUUUCCGACGGACCUAUUCACAGUGGCCGGUUAGCUGAUGUUGCCAGUGAUCUGCCCCAUUUGGACUCCCCGGAAGAAAGCGCCGCCACGACAAUUGCACGCCUAAGGCUGGAGAAUGAACGACUGCGCCAUGAACUGGAUGAGAACAGGAGACGUCUCUCUGAUAAGACGCGUCACAGUGCCGAACUGGAAAGGACGCUGGAAAGCAUGAGGCAUACGGAAACACAGUACAGUGCUACGCUGGCCGAGAGUAUGGAACAGGUGGAAGAGAAUCUGGACAGAAGCAAUAAGAGAGCAGCAGCAGCACAGUCCUUAGCUAAUAAGCUAAAGCAGCAAGUGAAACAAUUAACGGCCGAAGUUGAGGCACUUAGGCGUGAAAAUGAGACACUGAAGGAAGAAGGAGCAGUAGGAGGAAGUAGCAGUAGUGGAUCAGCUCCAAAUGUUCGCUCCUACAGCAGAAUGUCUAGAUCACAGCAAUUGUCCCGAGAACUCAUGCAGGCAGCUCUGAAUGCUGAAAAUAAUCUCCGGCAACUUCUGACUGGUGUGGACAAUUUGCGUAUCAUGGCGGCAAAUAUUCAAAAUAUGGACCGAAUCUGUGAUCCCACGGAUGAAUUUCUCUCCGAUUGUGAUGAUGAGGAUUUCACUGGUCCGGCCCUCUAGUGAGGCAAUUAUUUUAAGUCCUUGACGUCUUUCUUUUUUGUUGAGCAAAAUUUUUUUUGUUAGCUUUCUCCUUUUCCCACACGAUUUCUUCUUCCAAGAUCAUUAUGUAUCUCAUGCUCGUUUUUUAGCGUGAUUUUUACUUUCUGUUUUCUCUAGAAGAGGAACAAAAAAAUUGUCUAUAUGGUUCGGUUUUAUUGCUAUCCAUCAGCAGUAAUACGGAGAUAUUUAAAAAAAAAAACCAUCACACAAAAUAUUUGGUCGAUGCUAUUGCGAGAAAAUAUAGGGAAAUUCUUGUCUGUCAUUUCUUCCAACCACAGUGGUUGAGGCAAAAAAUAUUGGAUGAAUAUGUGAGAAUGAAAAUACAAUUAUCAUAAAGAAAGGA